UUCUGCAGCUGCUACAAGGAUUAACCUCCCAACGUCAAACUCAAAGUAUUGAUUAGUGUCUGUGUGAAAAUGAGCUCUGGUAGUAGUUGUAGUUUAGUUUCGUUCAGUUAAAAGUGGCUUCCACUGGAGACUGUUUUUUGGGGCGGCAGUUUUGUCCACUCAGCAGUGUGACUUCCCAUCUCAGCCCUGUAGUAUAUGUGUAUCUGCUCUCCAUGUGUCCUGCGCUCACUGCUCACUGUCUCUGCUGCGGCGCCAUGGACUCCAACCCGACUUCGAGCGAAACAUAACUUUCAAAGUGCGUGUCUAAUGUGCAACAUGACGGACUGAGCAGAGCAGCGACUGAUCUCGGCUAAAGAGCGAAACUGGUGAAAUUAGACGAGUUCUCCGUGUAGCACUGGGAUCAGGACCAGCGUGAGUCCUGCCAGUCUUCAAGAUCCCCACUCAGGGUUUUGUUAUCUGCUGGCUUGAAAGUUCCACGUCACCAUGGAAACGUUCAUCAGGACACAUGACGCACACAACCAGUCGUCAGUAUUCACCUCGAUCUUCAACUCUAGCUGUCGCUUUGAUGAGGAGUUCAAAUACAUCCUGCUGCCUGUGUCCUACAGUCUGGUGUUUGUGGUUGGCUUCGUGCUCAAUGCCACAGCUUUGUGGCUGUUCUUGAAGAUGCGCCCGUGGAACCCCAGUACAGUGUUCAUGUUCCACCUCGCCCUGUCCGACUUCCUGUAUGUCCUCUCACUGCCCACCCUCAUCUACUACUACGCCAACCGCAGCCACUGGCCCUUUGGCGUGGCUGCCUGCAAAAUAGUGCGCUUCCUCUUCUACGCCAACCUCUACUGCAGCAUCCUGCUUCUCACCUGCAUCAGCGUGCACCGCUAUCUGGGCAUCUGCCACCCCAUCAAGGCGCUGACCUUGGUGAAAUCCCGUCACGCCCACCUGGUGUGCGGCAUGGUGUGGGGUGUGGUGACCGUGUGUCUGGUGCCCAACCUCAUCUUCGUCACCACCUCCAGGAGGGACAAUGACACUCUGUGCCAUGACACAACCAACCAGGAGUCCUUUGAUGAGUAUGUGGACUACAGCUCUGUUGUCAUGGUGCUCCUGUUUGGCAUCCCUUUCCUGGUCAUCAUGGUGUGUUACUGCUUGAUGGCGCGGACCCUGUGCCGGCCCAGACAAGGAUUAUCUGCCAGCCAGCGGGGCUCCUCCUCACGUCAGAAGUCCAUCAAGCUCAUCAUCGUGGUGUUGGUGGUGUUUGCUGUGAGCUUCGUUCCAUUUCACAUCACGCGGACGCUCUACUACACCUCCCGAGUGUUAGAUCUUAACUGUGAAUUCCUCAACAUUGUCAACUUUACUUAUAAGAUCACGAGGCCGCUGGCGAGCGUCAACAGUUGUAUUGACCCAAUUCUGUAUUUCAUGGCUGGUGAUCACUACCGGUCCAAACUGAUGUCUGUUCUGACUGGGAAAAGACAGACAACAAGCAGCCUGAUACCUGAACCGGCACAAACACAGCCGAACAAUAACCUCGGAAUCGCUCUGGUCUACAAGAACCCGGCCCCUAAACCCAGUGGAGAGAUUGAGAGAUAGUGGGAAUGGAGAAGCACCUGUUUGAUUUCCCUUUUUUGCACUGAAGGGUUUGGAAGAGAAUCAGUUUACUGUAACAUUGACAAACAGUAGCUUUCACUCCAUCAAAUCUCCGUAAUGCCUGUGUUUAACAGGCAUAAAGACCAUGUUUUAAUUCCCAUCACUUUUACAAAACUCAAGUUAUAGUAGACAGUAUGUACGCUGCUGUAUUUUGUUCUUCUUUGUGGGGGAACUGUGUCUCUGCAUAAGAAAAACUAUAGUUUCAAAUUAUAGGAACAGAAAGUAACAUGAUGGUGGUCACGGCCGCAUUAAAGUAAACCAUAGACUCAGUCAGUGAAUUGUUGUGAUCUCGGGUAAAGAGACUGGACGCACACAGAUCAUAUCUGUCGUCGUUUGACUGUGAAGCAGUCGUUCCUGUUUGAUCAACAAUGUCUGCAUGUUACCCAGAAACUGCAGCUACAACCAGUGCCAACUGAUCACAGCUGUUUUUUUCCUUCAACUUCCACAGCUGUCUCUUGCUCAACUAUGGAGAAAAGUAUAGAGGUUGAUCUGGAGGAGACAUGUCUUUUCGAACCUCCCACGCCUCAUUAGACGGAUAAGGGAUUUUCCUAUUUAUCCUUUUACCUUUGGGAUUGAUACAUGGAAUUUAAAGGCCUUUUGCUCUCAGAAAUUUAGGCUCAGCUCCUUGAUAGUUUUGCAGGAUAUGAAGGCGGAGUUGGAAAGUUUUACUUCAUGCUACAGAGCAUUUGUCCCUCCACCCUUGUUUUUAAUGUUGAUCUAUGAACCUUUGCCGGAGCAGAUGUAUUCAUAUGGCUCUGUGUCAUAUGGUGUUCUCAUAUUAAAUAUGAGAACUAUGUGUACAGGGGUUUAUAAGGUGUAAUGUUGCUGCAUGAGAAGCUGGUGUUUACUGUAUGUCAUGUAUCAUGAACUCUGUGUAAUCUAACAUGAACUUAUUAGGCAAUGAGUCUUUCCUGUCUGGUCAGGUACAAAUUUCUUAAUCAGCUCGACCACAUUAAAAGAGUGCAUUCAGAUUGCUCUAUGGGUUUAAGGGGAAACACAUGCCACUUCUGUAAAAUGCACAGCUCAUGUGUUUUAGCCAAACUGAAACUAACUCCUCUUGCUCUACCUGAGUAGAUAGAGUAAAGCUGAUGUUUGGGAAGUGAAAGCAGAUUAUGAGUCAAACAACAACAAUAUAUUUUUCGAUGGAAGUGUACCAUAAACCGCACAGAGUGAGAGCGACUGGAGAGCUGGAGGACAUGAGGGACAAACAAAAACACCACUCACUCAGAAAGACUGUUAUCAUGCCUGUGUACCAUCAUCAAGAUAAAGAUGCGUGCUUCUUUUUGGAUAAUGGCGCUGGCACAUUAAACACUGUGUUGAUGAUAAAUGUGAACAUGAGAAACAGCAACGCAUAUACUCGCGAAUGUAAACGAGAACCCCUUGGACCUUGAUUUUUCCAACAUAGGCCACCACUUUAAAGUUAAAACCUGUAGCAGUAUUAAAACACUGUGUUACACCUUCUAAUGUAAAUUUCAUAUGAACUUGUUCCAGUGCUACACUGCAGCUACAUAAUGCUUGCAUUGACUGAAAUAUAUACUAAAUUUAUAUGCUCAUAUUUUAUGGCAGCACUCUUACUGUAUAUAAGAAAAGUUUGAUGUCUUGAGCAUCAUUUUACACUCAUACAGUCACCUGAUGUGUUUGGUAUCUUUGAAAGGAAUUUAAAACUGCUGUGAAGGUUUGAACAAAGCAAGUUAUGAUUAGAAAUAAACUAUGAAUAAUGUUUAUAUAUAGAAUAUGUUUCCACCUAUAGAAACUAAAGCCUAAUGAUAAUGAUUAUUACAGUCCAAAAGGACAAUUUAUUGUUUUUCUGAAUAUAUAACUCAAUAUUGUCUGUACAUUACAAACUGUGUAUUAUAAGAUUAUCAGCACUGUCAGUCAUUCUGAGUUUUCACCAAGACUGCAGUUCAUGAGAAAGUGUAACUUAUAACUUAUGUACAUAAAAUUUUAUCAGCAUGUCUUUCACUUCAGUCAGUUCACUGACAUCUUCAUUAUGUAAAUCGUACUCCAACGUGUAAAACACAUGAAGGCUACAACAAAAAAUCUGACCCUGAUAAAGAUCCGCUAACUAGACACA